AUUCCCUUUCAGAUAAAAUGUUUCAUUGACCUACACGACGGGAUCAGGAAUGUCCGUUUAAAAAUUUACAUUUUUAAAAAAAUUCAAAAUUCGGAAAUUUUUUUGAAGCGUAAAACUACACCUGGAAAAAUAUAGAGUACUAUCUCAGAGUUACGUUUUAACCAUUUGCAAAUAUCUAUAGGGCGUAUAGGGCCUCGCCUCAGCCCCUUCCCCCCCUCACACCUUGAGUUGAGUAGAAUGCUGCACCAGGGGUCAAGUCGCGCCAGAAGUUGGUGUCAGUCAACUUCUAAGGUUUUGAAGGAAUAUUUCCGACCUCAGCAGAGAAAUGUUUCUGUUUCGAGGUUGAACACUCACUUCCUUGAGGUCGGAGAAGGAAGGUCGGUUGCCUACCAGAUAAUCCCUGGGCAGAGGAAACCCACGGUUGUAAUGAUCCCUGGUCUCCACUCCUAUACACACAUGAACGGACAAAAGGCUUCCUGUUUACUCAGAUAUUGUGACAUGCAUGAUUACUCCUGCGUUGUCUACGACCAUGAAUGUUCCGGCCAAUCUAGCAAAGGUCAUCUAAAGAAGGUUUUGUUCACUAACUGGGUCGAGGAUGCGCUGGCGGUCACGGAGAAGCUUACAGAGGGUCCCGUUGUCCUCGUCGGGUCCUCUAUCGGAGGCUGGCUUUCUAUCAUCACCGGCCUCAAGCUGAAGGAGAGAUUGCAUGGUUUAGUCUUGUUUUCUCCGGCUCUGAACUACGUUUGGCAACACUACCAUAGACACAAAGCUCAACUCCCUCCAGAUACGCGCCGGCGGCUGGAAGCGGGAGAUCCCCACGUGCACACCCACGAGUACGGAAAUGCGCUCUUGAAGGAAGAUUUUGCCGCGGAUAGCUUACAGUACGAGUUAGAUCUGAGCAAAACUCUAGAUAUUACUUGUCCAGUCAGAAUAAUUCAUGGUCUUAAUGACCGAGAGAUACCAUCCGACCAGUCUAUGAAGCUUUGCCUGAGUCUUGCCAGUGAAGAUGUAGAUUUGAUCUACAGGAAGAACAGCACCCAUCAGCUGGAGUCCCCGCCAGACUUGGAACUGUUUCUAACCACCCUUGACAGGAUGAUUAAAGAUAAUCCUGUCAGAUGAAUCAAGAAUUUGUGGACCAAACUUUGUAGAUCAGAAAUCUAGAAACCUGGUGAUUUAAAUCUAGAAACCUGGUGAUUUUGAAUCUAGAAACCUUGGUGAUUUGAAUUUAGAAACCAGAAUUAAGAAAAAAGAUACAUCAUCUAGAAUUCUAAAAACCUUGUGAUCUAGAAUUCUAGGCAUUUCAGAAAAUGAUAAACUUGUGAAACAGAAUAUUUCAUAUUUCGUAACAAACCUAGCAGUAUCAAAUGUAAUGUAGAUUUUAGAUAUAUCUAUUUUUGCUCUAAAACAUAAAAACUUCACUGUUUCCUUUAAAACUAUGUGCGUGAAUUAUUGGUUUAUUAGAUAUAGUUAACACAAUGUUAGAACGCUUAAUUUAUGUGAUUUUCCUCUAGUAUUAAAACACCAAAAUAUUGUCGCAUUAAUACAAAAAAUCUCAGUAAUCUCAAAAAAAAACAUCGUUUCAUGGGAAAUAAAUAAAUAAAAAAUACGUAAAAAAAAACAUGUUUUGUAGGCUUCCUCCAGGGGUUUAUAUUUUCCAAUAGAUAUUAUUUAGAAAAACAAAUAUUGACCAAACGAGAUUCAAACUUAAUCCUAAAUUUUGGGGUUUUUCGAUGAGAAAAUAUUUGAUAAAUAUAAAUCCCUGUAUUUCUCGCUGUAAUAGUUCUCUCACUUAUAUGUAGUAUUUUAUGAAUUAAUUUCAGA